AAUUUCUCGUAACCUGCAUGGAUUACGCUGGAAUGACUCCAUUGUUGGAUUUUUAAGUAUUCACAAGCAAGACUCCAAUGUGUCUAAUACUACAGAGAACUUUUGAUAGAUAGCUUUUGUGAACAACCAAAUGGCAACCCAAGAUACCUUGUGGUACUAUUUGGCGCGCAUGGAGAGAUAUCGGCACCAUCUCAUCAAAGCUGAUAUGAUUAAUAUGGAAAAAGGGUUAUUUCGAUCUUUUCAAUUUCAAUUGUAUUUUUUUCAGACCCAAACAAAGAGUAACUUAAAGGCUCACAAUGGCGUUAGCAAAGCUGUUACUGAAAAAAAAUUUGGUUAACCAGACAUUAGUUGGGUAAGUCAGCUUUUAUGUGACAAAUGAUAUACACAUAAUUAUAUAUGUUUGAUAUGACAUGGAUUUUACCUUUAAUUUAUAUAUGUUUUUUUUUAACACUGAAGAAAUUCAAUAACAGAGCCAACGAAUGGCAACGUAUAGGAGUACAUAAGCAAGAAAACAAGGAACAACUAGGUACCAAUAGGUACUAAAACAGCAAGAUGAAAAAACAGGGAAAAGCUCAACCACAUUAGUGAUUUCUUGAGACGCAAGUAUCCCCUAGCAGCCGCACUUAUAGCUAAGUCACAUAGCUUGUGCUUCGGAGAGAAUGGUAUGUGAGAGCCAACUAGGGCCUCCAGUAACCACAUAUGAAUUUAUAUAUGUUUUUAGAGUCUUUUAUAUGCAUUUGGAGUCUUUGUUGAGUCUUUGUAGGUUCAUGUACUCAUUGUACAUAUUUGGAGCUUUUGGAUCAUUAUAAAACUUUGAGGAAAGCUCUGCUGAAAAUAUGAAGUCAGAAUUGACUAUUGCAACAAACAUUGAUCGACGGAAGACAUGAAGCGUCGAUCGACAUCUUGAUAUCAGUUUAUUGAUGAUUUUGAGAAAUUAUAAGUUUUACCCAGAAGUUUCUAGAUAUUUCACCGCAAGUCUUUGACCAUCUGUUAGACUAUUUAUUAGGUUUUUCCCGUGUUCGAAAACGCGGCCGAGUUGCCGAUUACUCGGCCGAGUACUCGCUAGGCGUCACCUUGCCGUAGAGAAAACACCCAAUUCGGCUGGUCUAGGCGGUCAACGAUUUAUUCCCGCGUUUGACCGCGUAAUACGAAAAAUCGCCGUGUUAUACGUUCGAUCCGAGUAGAUCUAAUUGGGCCAAACGUUUUUUAUAUCUAUUUUCUGUAAUAAUAACAACACAAAGCCCAAACGUUUUUUUCUAUUUCUGUAUAAUUGGGCCAUUUAUCAGUGUCCUGAUUUUUUUUAAUUACUGAGUUGAGUUUGAGAAUUUAUUUGUCGAAGAAAAUCCUAAUAUCACGAGCUCUCAAAUUCAAUCUAAGAGCAAAUCGAGUGUUUAAAUCUAAGACCAAAUCAGGAAUCAAUGGAUAAUCCACCAACAGAUACACCUCCACCUCUUAAGCGUAACUCAAAUGAUGUAGGAUGGGAGUAUGGAGUCUUGUGUGAUGCAAGAAGUCUAGACAAAGUCAAAUGUAAAUUGUGUGGAAAAGAGUUUUCUGGUGGUGUGUUUAGAAUGAAAGAACACAUUGCUCAUCUGAAAGGAAAUGUGUCAGCUUGUCCUGUAUCAAGUAAAGAAGAUCAAGAGAAGUGUAAGAAGGCGGUUCUUGAAGGAAAAAACAAGAAGAAUCUGAAGCGAAAACAUGAGGAAGCUUUGCGGGCAGAGGUGAACAUAAGUAAAGACAGUGGUACUGAAGAACUGGAAAGAGAGCUUGGAGCACUUAAAACUCAUCACUCCCAAGGUCCUAUUGAUCAAUAUGUGAGCAGCAUUAACCCUGAAGCUUCUUUGGCGGCACAGACACGACAACAGAGUAUCCACGAUGCCAUUUCUAAAGAGAAAAGACAUGUUGUUCGCCAAUACUGUUCUAGAUGGCUUUACCACACAAGUAUCCCUUUCAAUGCCAUUGACAAUGAUAGUUUCAGACUAUUUUGUGAAGCAUUAGGACAGUUUGGGCCUGGUUGGGUGCCUCCAAGUCAGUAUCAGCUUAGAGAGCCAUUGCUAAUUGAAGAACAACAGAGGACAAAGGAAAAAUUGAAGAUCUUAGAAGAAGAAUGGGAAAGGGAAGGCUGAUCAUU